AUGCAGUCCUACGGCGGCGACUAUAGCAAGCUCACGCAAGGGCAUGGCUCGCAGGGUGGUGACUACAAGAAGUACCUGGACUAUUCCAAGUAUACUCAGGGGCACGGCUCGCAGGGCGGAGAUUUCAAGCAGUAUAUGCAGUCCUAUGGUGGCGACUACAGCAGCAAGUACACGCAGGGGCAGGGCUCGCAGGGGGCAGAGUACGGGGCGGCACAUCGGUUGCAUGUGUCGUGGACUAUGGAUGUGUUCUCUGGUGGUGACUACAAGCAGUACAUGGACUACUCCAAAUAUACUCAGGGGCACGGCUCGCAGGGCGGAGAUUUCAAGCAGUAUAUGCAGUCCUACGGCGGCGACUAUAGCAAGUUCACGCAAGGGCAUGGCUCGCAGGGUGGUGACUACAAGCAGUACAUGCAGUCCUACGGUGGAGACUACAGCAAGUACAUGCAGGGGCAUGGCUCUGCCGGAGAGGGCUUCCAGAAGUAUAUGGACUACUCCAAGUACACUCAGGGUCAAGAUCAUCAGGGCCCAUCUGGCCCGGCUUUGCUCUUGGCAUCUGGCCCCAAUGCCACUUCAAAGCCAUCCCGGUCUGCUUCCGGGCGACAGCCGCUCUCCGAAGGUCAGCGUGAGGAGCGCGAGAGGCAGAGGGAGAAGGAGCACCUGCGCGAAGAGCUGCAGUCCGAAAAGGCGAGCCUUCGUGCUGAGCUUGCGUCCGAGAAGGAGCACCUGCGAGAUGAGCUUGCCGCCGAAGCCAAGGCGGCAGCUGCUGCCGCCCAGAAGGCAGCCAAGGCCGCAAACGGCGAGCUUUUCGUCGCUCCUGACCAGCAGAACACAGAGGAAGCGAAGGAGAGCAAGCUGCGCGAGGAGGAGAAGCAGCAGCUUCAUGAAGAGCUGGCCUCGGAGCGGGAGCGGCUGCGGAAGGAGCUUGCCCGGGAGCAGGAGCACUUGAAAGAGGAGUUGGCCUCCGAAGCUAAAGAAGAGCAGGCGGAGAAGGCCACGGCCAAGGCCACCCCUCCGGCGGAGCUUGCAGCGAUUCCGGCCAAUUCUCGGCCGCUGGUCGCAACCGGUGCCCUUGCGAUUGGCAUGCUCGCCGCCGUCGCCUUCGCCGCCCGACUUCGCCGUCAGCGCCAGGCUGAUGCAGCCGAAGACUACCUCAUGUAUGUUGAUGCACCGAUGGAGAUCGCCUAG